AGGAGACCCAAACGGAGUUUGCUUUCGCCGAGUUGAUGAAAAAAAUCUCCCACCAUUCACCGGCCUCUCCCUCCGGCGAAGAGGCUCCGAUUCGAGGGUUUUCUGAUCCCGAACAACAUGCCAUUGAAAUACCUCAACGCCAUGGCUGCAUUGCUGAUGAUGUUCUUCACUCUCCUGAUCCUCUCCUUCUCUGGCGUUCUAGAAUUCCCGUCUGUGUCCACGUCGAUCCGGCAACCGAUCGACCCGGAUCCGAAUCUGCCUGAUUCAGAAGAUGUAGGAAACAAUUCCUUCACUGAUAUUUUCGGGGCUUUCAGUCAAUGGGACUCGCAAGUGGGUUGUGCUCGGUUCAGGGAGAAGCACAGGGUGUUGAUCCGGGUCAAUGUCAGUUCGGGUUCUCUUCAGGAAUCCGGUGGUGGAUCGGGUUGCAAUAAGCUAAAGAUGGACCACGUCAGGGUUUUGGUGAAAGGAUGGACUUGGAUCCCAGAUAAUUUGGAGAAUUUGUACUCUUGUCGAUGUGGGAUGACCUGUUUGUGGACCAAGUCACCUGUCAUGGUGGAUAAACCUGAUGCUCUGUUGUUCGAGACAACAACACCUCCGCUUCAGUCUGCAGGAUUGCAUUUCAAAAGGUUUGCCCUUGUCGUUUCGUCGGCUAGAAGAUACAAUGGUCGAAGAAGUCUGUGUUCUUGUGUAAAUGCUCCUUUGCUUCGUUCUAUACUACAGAGACGCAUUGGAGAUCCACUUCGGGUGUACAUGGACCUUGAGGCUGGAAGGAGACGGUCAGGCCGUGAAGAUAUAUUCAUCAGCUACCAUGCCGAAGACGAUGUCCAGUCGACUUAUGCUGGUGCCCUCUUUCACAAUAACCGGAACUAUCAUGUUUCUCCUCACAAAAACAGUGAUGUUCUUGUGUAUUGGUCUUCUUCGAGAUGCCUCGCUCACAGGGACAAACUCGCCAAGAGCCUCCUCGAUCUGCUUCCACACCACUCCUUUGGAAAGUGCCUAAACAAUGUCGGUGGCUCGGACGCAGCUCUAUCCAUGUACCCGGAGUGUAUCGCUGAAUCCAAUGCCGAGCCAAAAUGGUACGACCACCUCCACUGCGCCAUGUCACACUACAAAUUCGUCCUGGCGAUUGAGAACACAGCCACAGAUUCAUACGUGACAGAGAAGCUGUUCUAUGCGCUUGACUCGGGCGCAGUCCCUAUCUACUUUGGGGCACCAAAUGCCGAGGACUUUGUGCCGCCACAUUCAGUGAUCGAUGGAACAAAGUUCAGAACGAUGGAAGAGCUUGCAGAGUACGUGAAGCGGGUGGGGGAUGAUCCGGUGGCAUAUGCGGAGUACCACGCUUGGAGGAGAUGCGGCCUGCUGGGAAACUACGGGGGGGCUCGUGCCCUGAGUCUUGAUACAUUGCCUUGUAGGUUGUGUGAAGACGUUAGCAGAAGAGGCGGGAGGAAGGCCCGCGCUUGAGAGGAGGGGAAUCGCAUGUAAUGAUGUUAGAUUUAUACAGCAAAACUGUCAUUUGUACAACUAGUAUUUCACUUCAAAACUGUCACCUGUGAUGAUAGUGUAUCCAAUUUAUUUUCUGGUCAA